AUGGCCUCUCACGCUAUUGAUCCGGAUCUCGAGACUGCUCCUCCCACUGACAGCGAGCUUUCCUCCGUCAUGGACCCGAACGAACGCCGCCGUGCUGCCCUGGCCCGUAUUGACCAGGCCAAGUUCGGCUGGCACCAUGUCCGUGCCGUCGUGGUUGCGGGUGUGGGCUUCUUCACUGACUCUUACGACAUCUUCGCCAUCAACCUGGCUGUCGGUAUGCUGGGUGUCGUCUACUGGCAGGGUGCCAAAACUGGUGGCGGCAAGCUGCCUUCCAGUGCUGACACUGCCAUCAAAGUUGCCACUUCGGGCGGUACUGUCAUCGGUCAGCUGUUCUUCGGAUGGCUAGCGGAUCGCAUCGGUCGAAAGCGCAUGUACGGUAUCGAGUUGAUGAUCAUCAUCAUGGCCACGCUGGCUCAGUCGUUGUCCUCGGCCUCCCCCGGCAUGUCCAUCAUCGGUGUGCUCAUCUUCUGGCGUGUCGUCAUGGGCAUCGGCAUCGGUGGUGACUAUCCCCUGUCGUCAAUCAUUACCUCCGAAUUUGCAACUACCAAGUGGCGUGGUGCGAUGAUGGGCUCUGUGUUCGCGAUGCAGGGUAUCGGUCAAUUCGCUGCUGCUAUUGUGGCUCUCAUUGUCACCGCGGGGUUCAAGGAGUCUCUUCAGACUGCUAAGGAUGUUGCCCAUUGCAGUGGUGUCUGUCAGCUGGCUAUCGACAAAAUGUGGCGUACCCUUAUCGGCUUCGGUGCGGUUCCUGCCUGUGCUGCUCUUUACUACCGUCUGACCAUCCCCGAGACCCCUCGUUACACCUUUGAUGUCAGUCGUGACAUCCUCAAGGCGGACGAAGACAUUCGUGCGUACAUCAAGGGCCACCCCGAAGGUCACCCAGACGAAAUCCAGCGGAUCCGUGUUCUGCGCAACGAGAGCAUUGAGUUCCUCGCACCGAAGGCAAGCUGGGCCGAUUUCAGACAGCACUACGGAGAGUGGAAGAACUUCAAAGUCCUUCUGGGUACUGCGGGCUCGUGGUUUUUCCUCGACGUUGCGUUCUAUGGUCUCGGUCUCAAUAACUCUAUCAUCCUCAGCGCGAUUGGCUGGACCGGAGGCAAGAACGUAUACGAGACAUUCUACCGUAACGCAGUGGGGAAUCUGAUCUUGAUCUGCGCCGGUGCUAUCCCAGGCUACUGGUUCACCGUUGCUACCGUUGACACGAUCGGCCGCAAGCCAAUUCAAAUGGCCGGUUUCUUGAUUCUGACCAUCAUCUUCUUCAUUAUUGGUGGUGCCUACAGCCAUCUCAAGAAGUACCAUGGUGGUCUACUUGCACUCUACGUGCUAGCACAAUUCUUUUUUAACUUCGGACCUAAUGCGACCACCUUCAUCGUGCCCGGCGAGUGUUUCCCAACCCGCUACCGCUCUACAUCCCACGGUAUCAGUGCAGCUGCCGGCAAGGUCGGUGCCAUCAUCGCACAGUGUGUCUUUGGCCCCCUGGUUCACAAGGGUGCCAAGCCAGGCUCCAGUGAUUCUCCCUGGCUCAACCACGUUAUGCAAAUCUUCGGUGGCUUCAUGUUUUGUGGCCUUCUCACUACCUGGUUGAUUCCCGAGACCAAGCGUCGAACUCUCGAGGAGCUGUCUGGGGAGGAUCACGGUUCUGUCUACGAGAACCUGACCCCCAAUUUACAGGAGAAGCCCGAGGAAGGCAACCUGCCCAAGCAGGUCCCAGCGACCACUACCGUGCACGGUCAGUAA